AUAAGAGGUAUUUUCAUGGGUUUGCCUUGGUAUCAUGUUCAUACCAUCGUAUUAAAUGAUCCCGACCGUUUUCUUUCUGUCCAUAUAAUGCAUACAGCUCUGGUUGCUGGUUGGGCCGGUUCGAUGGCUCUAUAUGAAUUAGCCAUUUUUUAUCCCUCUGACCCUGUUCUUGACCCAAUGUGGAGACAAGGUAUGUUUCUUAUACCCUUUAUGACUCGUUUAGGAAUAACCAAUUCAUGGGGUGGUUGGAGUAUCACAGGAGGGACUAUAACGAAUCCAAGUAUUUGGAGUUACGAAGGUGUAGCCGGGGCACAUAUUGUGUUUUUCGGCUUGUGCUUUUUAGCGGCUAUCUGGCAUUGGGUAUAUUAGGAUCUAGAAAUCUUUUGUGAUGAACGUACAGGAAAACCUUCUUUGGAUUUGUCUAAAAUUUUUGGAAUUCAUUUAUUUCUUUCAGGGGUGGCUUGUUUUGGUUUUGGCGCAUUUCAUGUAACAGGGUUGUAUAGUCCUAGAAUAUGGGUGUCCGAUCCUUAUAGACUAACCGAAAGGGUACAAUCUGUAAAUCCCGCAUGGGGUAUGGAAGGUUUUGAUCCUUUUGUUCCAGGGAGAAUAGCCUCUCAUCAUAUUGCAGCAGGGACAUUGGGCAUAUUAGCAUUCCAUCUUAGUGUCUGUCCACCCCAACGUCUGUACAAAGGAUUACAUAUGGGAAAUAUUGAAACUGUCCUUUCCAGUAGUAUCGCUGCUGUCUUUUUUGCAGCUUUUGUUGUUGCUGGAACUAUGUGGUAUGGUUUGGCAACUAUGCCAAUUGAGUUAUUUGGUCCCACUCAUUAUCAAUGGGAUCAGGGAUACUUCCAGCAAGAAAUAUAUCGAAGAGUUGGUGCUGGGCUAGCCGAAAAUCAAAGUUUAUCAGAAGCUUGGUCUAAAAUUCCUAAAAAAUUAGCCUUUUAUGAUUACAUUGGCAAUAAUCCGGCAAAAGGGGGAUUGUUUAGAGCGGGCUCAAUGAACAAUAGGGAUGGAAUAGCUGUUGGGUGGUUAGGACACCCCAUCUUUAAAGAUAAAGAGGGGCGUGAACUUUUUGUACAUCGUAUGCCUACUUUUUUUGAAACAUUUUUGGUUUUUUUGGUAGAUGGAGACAGAAUUGUUAAAGCCGAUAUUCCUUUUCGAAGGGCGGAAUCAAAAUAUAGUGUCGAACAAGUAGGUGUAACUGUUGAGUUUUAUGGUGGCGAACUCAAUAGAGUCAGUUAUAGUAAUCCUGCUACUGUGAAAAAAUAUGCUAGACGUGCUCAAUUGGGUGAGAUUUUUGAAUUAGAUUGUGCUACUUUGAAAUCUGAUAGUGUUUUUCGUAACAAUCCAAGAGGUUGGUUUACUUUUGGACAUGCUUCGUUUGCUCUACUCUUCUUUUUCGGACACAUUUGGCAUGGUGCUAGAACCUUGUUCAGAGAUGUUUUUGCUGGUAUCGACCUAAAUUUGGAUGCUCAAGUAAAAUUUAGAGCAUUCCAAAAACUUAGAGAUCCAACUACAAGAAGACAAGUAGUCUGAUACAACAUUAUUUUGUUCCUUUUGGACUUUAUUUUCUUUUUGUGAUUGGAAUUUGACAUAGGGAACUGGAUAAAUCUUGAUUUGAAUUGCUACCUUUUCUUUUACUCUUGUUCUUUCUUUUUCUUUAUCCAAGAGACGAUCCCAAAUAAACAGGUAUGAAAGCUAUAAUUGUAAACCAUGAUUAAAUCCAUGGAAGCAUUGGUUUAUACAUUCCUCUUAGUUUUGACUUUAGGAAUUAUUUUUUUUGCUAUCUUUUUUAGAGAACCACCUAAAGUUCCAACUAAAAAGAUGAAAUGAUUUUUCAUUAUCUCAAUUGAAGUAAUGAGC